AUGCAUUUCCACCUCGCCACGGUCCUCAUCCUCAUCCCUCUCCUCACCGCUGCUCCAACCCCAAACAUUGAGCAACGCCAGCCCGCCGAUGUUACGGAUACAUUAAAAGGCGCACUUGGUCAGCUCACCGGGGGCCUCGGAAAACUCCCAACCGGCAAUGGAAAGCGCGCCGAUAUCACGAAGACAGUAACCAACACCCUGGGGCAACUCACGGGAGCUCUCGGCGGCGGCCUCACGAAGCUCCCAGGUGGCAAGCGCCAGGUUCCUGAUAUCGCGGGGAAGUUGACCGAGGCACUGAAACAGAUCACAGGCGGUGACAUCACUAAACUCCCAACCGGUGGAAAGCGCGAGGCGCCCGCCGACAUCACCGAAACAUUGACCAGCACACUGGGGGGGCUCACUGGUAGUCUCACAAAACUCCCAGGCGGUGGAAAGCGCGAGGCGCCCGCCGACAUCACCGAAACAUUGACCAGCACACUGGGGGGGCUCACCGGUGGUCUCGCAAAACUCCCAGGCGGUAAGCGCCAGGCCCCUGAUGUCUCGAGAACACUGAUGAGUGUCGUGGACCUUGCCCUCGGCCAGGGCAACGAAGUAAACCCCAAAGGUCUACUUAACUCGCGCGAGUCCGUCGAUGUCGGGACGGCACUGCUCGAAGCACUGAAGCUCGCCAAGCCCAUCACAAACUUUCCAAAUGGCAAGCGUGACAGCAUUGAUAUCGCGAAGGCAGUAUCGGAAAUACUGGACCCGGUCAACGGAGCCUUCAGCAAGGACUACAGCAAGGAUUUUAAAUUCCCAGAUGGCGCAAAGAAGCCAAAUGGCAAGCGCAACGACGGCAUUGAUGUCACGAAGACAGUAGGCCAGAUACUUAGCCCUUUCAGCGAUGCUCUCGGGAAGGACUACUCAAAGGACUAUAAGAUCCAUGAUGACAAAAAGACACCAUCCGGCAAGCGCGGCGGCAUUGAUGGCACAGGGGCAGUAGCCGCCGUACUGGGACAGAUCACCGGAGCCAUUGAGAACAGCAAGGGCUACAAGCCAGACGGUCUUGAAACCCCAUCUCAAUCUCACAAGCGCCAAGGUCUUCUAGCUGGCCUACUGGGGAAGCUUACCGGGGGCCUCGGCGGGUUGAAACCUCCAGGUUCAGGACGCAAGCGCCAAGACGCCGCAGAUGCCACAAACGCGGUGCCAUUAGCGGGCGCACUACUGCAGCUCGCCGAAGCCCUCGGCGGUGGAGCUCUCAAGGACGGGAAGGUACCCGAGGGUUAUAAACUGCCGGAUGGGUUUGAGACCCCAUCCCAAACCAAACAGGAGAAGCGCAUCGAUGUCGCGUCCGCUGCAAAGGGUGUGAUAUACGAGGUCAUCGACGGCGUCACCAAGCCCACAAAGAACUUAUAA